AAAAAAAAAACCAACACCCCCGCGGCGACUUUUCCUCUCCACCGUAUCCUCCUCUCCCCUAUGCUGCCCUGCCCUAUCUCAAGCUCCAAUCUACCGUGCCCUAGACCUGCCGCCGAACGUGCCCUAGCCCCAGCCGGCGCCCCCCGCGCGCGGCCACCGUCUCCGCCGCACCUCGCCGCGCCCCCGCCCCCGCCCCGUCUGCGGCCUUCGUCUCCGAGAUCCGCAUCCGUUCUGUUUGGCGGCAGGCGCUGUUGCUGUCGUUGUUGAAGGAGGAGGAGGAGGAAGGGGUGCCCUAGACUCCUAGGGCAAGGCUGAAGCAGAUGGGUGCACCGAAGCAGAAGUGGACGGCGGAGGAGGAGGCGGCGCUCAAGGCCGGGAUAGGCAAGCACGGGGCCGGGAAAUGGCGCACCAUACUCAAGGACCCCGAGUUCAGCAACAUCCUGCGGUGCCGAUCCAACGUUGACCUCAAGGACAAGUGGCGGAACAUGAAUGUCACGGUGAACGCGUCGGGCACUCGCGACAAAGUGAGGACGACGACCACGACGACUCCCACGGCUAAGAAGCCAAGGUCUGCUCCGAAGCAGGAAAGCCACUCAACGGCGAUCACCACCAUCACCUCUGACGGCGAUGAUGACGUCAUUGACGUGAAGCCUAUCAUAAAGCCUAUCGUAACGUUUACUACAGGUUCAGGGAAUAAAUCGCUAUCCAGGCUAGAAAAUAUCAUACUGGAGGCCGUGAAGACCUUGAAUGAGCCUACAGGGUCAUACAAAACAGCCGUUGCUAAUUACAUUGAGGAACAAUACUGGCCACCUGCUGAUUUUGAUCAUGUACUGUCUGCAAAACUGAAUGAGUUGACAUCAUCUGGGAAAUUGAUGAAGGUGAAUCGGAAGUACAGGAUAGCCCCUAGCUCGUCUUUUUUAGAAGGGCGAAGCUCCAAAAUGCUGCUGCUUGAUGAUAUAAAAAAGGAGCCAACCAAGGUAGAGAAGGUAGAGAGGGAUGGCUUUACAGCCCACACUAAAUCUCAGGUAGAUGCUGAACUUGCACGUAUGAGAAACAUGAGUGCAGAAGAGGCUGCAGCUGCAGCCGCUCGUGCGGUUGCUGAGGCAGACGCUAUCAUGGCGGAAGCUGAGGCCGCAGUGAGAGAAGCGGAGGCUGCAGAAGCUGAUGCUGUAGCUGCACAAGCCUUCGCGGAAGCAGCAAUGUUGACUUUAAAAAACAGGAGUUCGGCAAAAUUGAUCAUUCGAGGUUGAGACAUCUCGUGGGAGCUGCGUCAGCGUACGCUUUCCUCUGACCUUGUUGUGCGCGUGUGCAUGCCUGCUGAAUUCCAGCGCAAACUAACUGAUGCUUUGGUGUUACUGGAGCCAUCGAGCUGAUGGCAAUGCUGAUCUGUUAUUUUAAUCCAUGCAAGCUCAUCCCAGAUUCAAGCAGCGCAAACUUGCUUGGUUUUCUGACUUGCACCUUGAAGCUAGUUACCUUUCUCCCUCAUGCUGGUUUGCCGAGGGAUGGAGGAAGACAAACUCAUAUUUAACUCCCACAUUGCAGAGCCGUAAAUGCGAUCUGCACGGGCUGUGGGAUGAUGAGGAGAAGUCCAAUAAAUAUAGAUGAUGGUCAUUCCAUCUCUUGGGACCCUUGUUGCUGUCAUGGUUUAGGUCACUGACAUGUUGGAAUUUUUUCACCGUGGUGUUGGAUUACCUUACCCUCCCUUUAUGGUGAAUCUCCCCAGCAAAACAGUGCCUUUGUGCUCGCGGUGUGUGUGGAUCUGGUCUGGCCCAGCUCAAGUUAUUUGGCACCCAAUAAUUGUGGCAUGUACAGAAUUUAUUCAUGUAUUCAGUCUAUAAUUUUUUAUCCAAUUUUGACCGAAGGAGAAAAA